GCAACUUUUCAUUCAGCCCAUCGCUAGCUCGAUCUCGCCUGUCGAUCUCCUCUACUAGCACAAGACCACGAGGGAUUCCGAUUAAGCGAUGACAACCUCUAAGCUUGCUGUCCUCACUCUGUUUGCCCUGCUCGGCUCCGUGUCAUGCCAGUCCGGAGGCUACUACUUCUACCCAACCCCGCAGCAACCAUCUCCAACACCCAGCCCUCCUCCUAGUCCGCAACUCAUGGUCGGAUACUACAAGGACAAGUGUGCCGCUUACGUGGAUGUUGAAGCCAUUGUCAAGAAGCACGUCAAGGCCACCGAUGCUGGCAUGCAGGCCGGGCUUGUCCGUCUCUUAUUCCACGACUGCUUCGUCCGUGGAUGCGACGGCUCCGUCCUCCUCGACACGUUCAGCAACGACACCAGCCUGACCCCGGAGAAGUUCGGCGUGCCCAACUUCCCCAGCCUGCGGGGCUUCGAGGUGAUCGACGCGGCCAAAGCCGAGAUCGAGGCGGCGUGCCCCGGCACGGUCUCGUGCGCGGACAUCGUCGCGUUCGCCGCCCGCGACGCGUCCAACUUCCUCAGCGGCGGCGGCAUCAGCUUCGCCAUGCCCGCGGGGCGCUACGACGGGAACGUCUCCCUCGCCAGCGAGACCCUCCCCAACCUGCCCUCCCCGUUCACCGGCUUCGACCAGCUCGUCAAGGUGUUCGCCGACAAAGGGCUCGACGCCUUCGACAUGAUCACGCUCUCCGGCGCGCACAGCAUCGGCCGCUCCCACUGCUCCUCCUUCACCAGGGACCGCCUGCCGCCCAGCAACACCUCCGACAUAGACCCAGCGUUCGCCGCCACGCUGCAGGCUAGCUGCGCGUCGCCCAACGGCACCGACAACACGGUCAUGCAGGACUUCAAGACCCCCGACGUCCUGGACAACCAGUACUACAAGAACGUGCUGGCCCACAAGGUUCUCUUCACGUCGGACGCCGCGCUCACCACCAACUUCACGUCCAACAACCUGGUGCGCGCCUACGCGGACUUCGUGCCCUAUCUGUGGCAGCAGAAGUUCGCCAAAGCCAUGGUGAAGAUGGCCGGCGUCGAGAUCAAAACCGCCGCCAACGGAGAGAUCAGGAAGACAUGCCGCAAGGUCAACAGCAGGUCCUGAUCAGAUGGCGUACCGGCGGGCUUCCAAUUUCCUAAGUUUUGCCUUUACAUACAUUCCCCUGAUCUCCCCUAAUAUCUGCCUUUAUGCUGUAUACAUUCUUUGUUUCGUUUUCCAGCUGUAUGCCUGCUUUUAUAUGCUGUAUAAUUUAAAUUUGAUUGAAUAUUACAUCUUUUGAAAUCCAAGCAAAUUUUCAUCAUCAA